UCUCUCUCUCUCUAAUAUUGAAUUCUCUCACCUCACCAAUGGAAGAUGCUAUUGAGCUGGUUUUCAUUCCAGCCCCUGGAAUGGGUCACCUUGUUCCUGCAGUCGGAACAGCCAAGCUCCUCCUGCAAACACGGCCUCAGCUCUCCGUCACUGUGUUGAUCAUGAAACUGCCUUUUGCCACAGAUUCCAAGAUUAAUUCUUACAUCGAUUCUCUGCUUGCCGACGACGAGAAGGAUAACUCGAGACUGAAGCUCAUACCACCACUCCCUGAGGAGGAGGCGGCGGAUGCUUUGAAGAAGGGCCACACCGACAUGGCUUCCAUCUUCCGUGCUUUCUUGGAUUCUCAGAAGACUAAAGUCAGAGAAUUCGUUAAUGAUCAAAUCAUCCAUCAUAGGCGGCUAGCGGGAUUUGUUGUGGACAUUUGUUUUAUCACCAUGAUGGAUGUGGCUGACGAGUUUGGGGUCCCCUCCUACGUGUUCUACCCUUCGGGUGCUGCUAUGCUCGGCCUUUACCUCCAUCUCCAGACCCUCAACGACCGCCAUGGAAAACAUGCCUUGGAGUUUGAGGAUUCCGACCCUCAUCAUCUAAACAUCUCUACAUAUUCCAAACCCUUUCCGGUGAACUUACUGCCCGACGGUUUAAUGGACAACGCCGACGGAAUCUUGGACGGUGCCAGACGACUCCGACAGGCCAAAGGCGUCAUUGUCAACACCUUCUUCGAACUAGAACGCCAUGCACUUGAAUCUCUCUCUAAAGACAAGAGUGUCCCACCUGUGUACCCUAUCGGGCCCAUUUUAAACCUAACCGGGCGUUACGAUAAGAAUCGAGAAUCGGAGAAGCAAAUCUUGAUGAAAUGGUUGGAUGACCAACCAGCUUCGUCAGUUGUAUUCCUUUGCUUUGGGAGCGGCGGAACUUUUCCGGAGCCUCAAGUGAAGGAGAUAGCUUACGCACUUGAACGUAGUGGGCAAAGGUUCUUAUGGGCUUUGAGGAAGCCACCCUGUCCAGGUUCACUAGCCCUCACAGAGUAUACCAAUCCGGAAGAGGUCCUGCCGGAAGGAUUCUUGGAAAGAACUCAAAGCAUUGGAAAAGUUAUAGGAUGGGCACCACAAAGUCUAGUUCUAGCUCACCCUUCUGUCGGGGGCUUCGUGUCUCAUUGCGGAUGGAAUUCAAUUUUGGAGAGUAUUUGGUUCGGAGUUCCAAUGGCAACCUGGCCAAUGUGUGUAGAUCAACAUGGAAAUGCGUUCCUAUUGGUAAGAGAGAUAGGAAUGGCCGUGGAAAUUAAGAUGGAUUACAAAAUAGAUUCAAAAGAUCCUCCAGAAAUAGUGAAUGCAAAAGAGAUAGAAUUUGGAAUCACAAGUCUUAUGGACCACUAUACUUCCAAUUCUAUAAGGACAAAAGCUAAAGAAAUUAAAGAAAAGAGCAUGAAGGCAUUAGAGGAGGGUGGCUCAUCCCUUAAUUUUGUUGAAAGUUUUUUUGAAAAUGUCAUGAACAAUCUCAAGUAAUUGAAGAACGAGAUGAAAUGGUGAUGUAAUAAUAAUAAAUUGGAGUUAUGACACAAUCCAUGCAUGUUUCAUGAUU